AUGGAGGGUGUAAUUUAUUUAGCGAUGCUGGGCGUGGCAGCAAUAAUAGGAGCUAUAAUAGGCACUUUAGUAGUUCUCUUACUAAGUUUCACUAGUCUUUCACCUCUGAUAAUAGGCGGAAGUGUUGGAGACAUCUAUGUAGUGCCAUUAAUUGCAGCUUUCAUAACAAUUCUUUUGUAUCCAAUUCCAUAUGAGCGUCAUAGCGGGUUAACAUUAAAAGAAACUUCGUGUCUAGCUGGCUUGUUUAUUGGAAACAUUGUAGCUGGAGCUUUUAUCGCUGCAAGUGGUGCUUUUCCAAUAUGUAAAGUGGAUUCCUGGUCAUCUUUAUCAGCAGCACUAGAGUCCUUGCUUGCAGUAGGAGUACACGCACUAGCACUUACGAUGGCAACUGCAAUUGGAGUAGCUAUUGUAAUCAAGCUCGCUGAGCAAGCUAAGGAGUAUAUAUCAGCCGUAGCACCAAUAACAAAGGAAAAAGUUCCAAUAAUAGCUGAUGAUAAGGUUAAAGUAGAUAAAGGCACUGGGCUUGUUAUGUGUUGUACAUUCGGUGAUGAGCUCGACAUAUAUUGGCAACAAAAGCAUAAUCUGCCGAUGAAAAUUAUCAUCGAUCAGGAUGGGAGGAUGAACCUGCAUCCACCACAUGGUCAGAAGGAAAGAGCAUGGAUCCCAGUGUCUGGGCACUGGGAUGACACCAUAGGUGGCACUGUAAUCCAGGAAAUAGAAGAAUGGAUCCCAGUGUCAGCUACUCGGAUGACAGGAGAUAGGGCUAGUCAGAUGACAAAAGAAGACGUCAUUCCACCACAUCCCGGCGUCAUUCCAGCUCGUGACGCUGGAAUCUACAAUUAA